GAGGUCGUCCUGCCCUGUGAAAAUGGCGCUGCCGCUGCGCUGGGGAAUUGUGUCAGCUGGCUUAAUCGCCAACGAUUUUACCACGGUGCUGAACUCACUGCCUCCCUCGGAGCACCAGGUGGUAGCGGUGGCGGCGAGGGAUCUGAACCGGGCGAAGGAGUUUGCACAGAGACAUAACAUCCCCAAGGCCUACGGCUCCUACGAGGAGCUGGCCAAGGACCCAAACGUGGAGGUGGCCUAUGUCGCCACCCAGCACCCCCAGCACAAGGCGGCAGUGAGCCUCUGCCUGGCAGCGGGCAAGGCUGUCCUCUGUGAGAAGCCCAUGGGCGUGAACACAACAGAAGUGCGUGACAUGGUUGCAGAGGCCCGUUCUCGCGGCCUCUUCCUUAUGGAGGGCAUCUGGAGCCGGUUUUUUCCUGCCAUGGAGGCUCUGCGGGAAGUUUUGGUCCAAGGAACUAUCGGGGAGCCUCGAGUGGCCCGGGCAGAAUUUGGGGCGGAUUUAAGCGUUUUUCCCCGGGCCACAGACUGGAGCCAGGCCGGCGGCGGCCUGCUGGACCUAGGCAUCUACUGCAUUCAAUUCCUCUCCUGGGUCUUUGGUGCCCAGAAGCCAGAGAAGAUUUCAGCCAUGGCAAGGAUCCACGAAACAGGUGUCGAUGACACUGUGAGCGUGCUACUUCAGUACCCAGGAGGGGCCCUCGGCAGCUUCUCCUGCAGCAUCACCUCAGAACUCCCCAACACAGCGUAUGUGAGCGGCACCAAGGGCGUGGCCCAGGUGAGAUCACCUCUGUGGUGCCCAUUGGAGCUGGUGGUGAAUGGCGUCCGUAAGCAGUUCCCUCCGCCUGUCCUUGAGAAAAGGUUCAAUUUUUUAAAUGGAGCAUGCAUGAGUUACGAAGCCAACCACGUCCGCGAGUGUCUGCGUAAAGGUCUUAAGGAAAGUCCUGUAGUUCCUCUGGCAGAGAGUGAGCUCUUGGCUGAGAUCCUUGAGGAGGUGAGGAAAGCCAUCGGAGUCACCUUCCCACAGGAUAAACAGUGAUGCGCCUCCUGGGGUGGACAUGACAAGCAAUUAUUUUCCAAGGGUGGU